GAUAUUUAAUGGAGAAAUGAGCAAUGGGAUCCCUCCACCCGCUUCUUGUCCAUCAUCAUCCUCCUUUGAUUAUUUUUUUCUUUUUCUUAUUAAACAAACAAUUAAUUAAGCUUUGCGGAAGGAGACGUUUCCUCGUUUUUCAGCUGUUUGUAUCUUCUGACACACCUUGAUUGCAUUUUCAUUAUAUAUUUUUAUAGAUUUCUCAGCACAGAACUGCUCUCUCUCUCUCUUCAAAAGCUCUUUGUUGCUCAUCAAAGGGUGCUUGGCUUGUGCAUCAAAUGAUUUGAAAAGAGAGGGUCAAAUCAAAAGAAGUUCCCCUGUUUUGAUCUAUUCACAGUUGGGGUAGAAUUGCAGCGGAUUUUGAGUCUGACAGAGAGCUUUCCUCUUUGUGUGUGUGAAGCGACUGAUGAAAUCUCAAACAUAGAUAGAUAGAUCACAUAUGCACGUUGACAGGUUUCUAGUCAUUGUUCACGAAAUUCUUCUUUGUUCUUUCCCGUGCAGUUCAGAAACGAUCAUGAAGCACGUGCGCACCCCAAUUUUUUCUCUCACUGUACACCUGCAGGAUACUUUUGAGAGAGAAGCUAACUAACAAGAAUCAAUUAUUGGGAGUUGUGUGUUGAUGGGUUGAUCCACAGAUCGUUACAAGAUUCAUCCAAGUGAAGUAACAACAACCUAUUUUACUCCAAAAAAACCCGAUGGCGACAUACUUUCAUCAUGGUAACUCCGAAAUCCAAUCGGGUGGCGCCGACGGACUCCAAACUCUUGUCCUCAUGAACCCCGGCUACAUCCACUACUCCGACGCGCCGCCGCCGCAGCAGCAAACCUCACAAACCGCCGGAAACCUCGUGUUUCUCAACCCCGCCGCGGUUGCUGGAGGAAAUAAUAACUCGUUUAACCCCCACGCGCCGCCAUCUCACACCCAACAAUUCGUUGGAAUCCCUCUCCCAAAUUCCCAAGACCUCAACCACCACUCCAUGCACGCGCACCACGAUGUCUCAGCCCUGCAUGGCUUCCUGCCGCGCAUGCAGUACAAUCCCUGGAACGCGCUCGACCCCGCCUUGGCGGCGCGUGAAAAUCCACGCGCGCAGCAGGGGCUGUCUUUGGGGUUGGGGUCGUUCCGGGAGGGUCAGGCGCCGGCCAUGUCCGGCGACGACCUGCGCAUAUCGGGCGGGUCGCCGUCGUCGGCUUCUGGGGUUACCAAUAACGGAGCUUCUGGCAUUCAGAGCGUGCUUUUGAGCUCAAAGUACUUGAAGGCAGCGCAUGAGCUUCUAGAAGAGGUUGUGAAUGUUAACAAUGGAAUUGGCACUGAGUUGGGGAAAAAAAGAGGGGGGCAGAACAAGGUAGUUGGAGAAUCUUCCGCAGCAGGUAGUGGAGAUGGUUCAGUUGGUGGGGAAGGGAACGGAAAGCGCAGCUCUGAGCUAUCAACUGCAGAAAGACAAGAAAUUCAAAUGAAGAAAGCCAAACUAAUUGGCAUGCUUGAUGAGGUGGAGCAAAGGUACAGGCAGUACCACCAGCAGAUGGAGAUAGUGGGUUCAUCAUUUGAGCAAGCUGCGGGGAUUGGUUCAGCAAGGACUUACACUGCCCUUGCAUUGCAAACAAUCUCGAAGCAGUUUCGGUGCUUGAAAGAUGCAAUUGCAGGGCAGGUUCGCACUGCGAAUAAGAGCUUAGGAGAAGAAGAUUGCUUUGGAGGUAAAAUGGAAGGUUCGAGGCUCAAAUAUGUUGACCAUCAUCUUCGGCAACAGCGAGCUCUCCAACAAUUGGGAAUGAUCCAGCACAAUGCUUGGAGACCCCAGAGAGGAUUGCCUGAAAGAUCCGUUUCUGUUCUUCGUGCUUGGCUCUUCGAACACUUCCUCCACCCUUAUCCUAAGGAUUCGGACAAGCACAUGCUUGCAAAACAAACAGGGUUAACAAGGAGCCAGGUUUCAAAUUGGUUUAUAAAUGCUCGAGUUCGGCUUUGGAAGCCAAUGGUGGAGGAAAUGUACACGGAGGAGAUGAAGGAUCAUGAACAGAAUCGGUCUGAGGAUAAAUCAAGCAAGAGCAAUGAAGAUUCUGCUUCGAAAAUGUCAGCCCCACAAGACAAAGGUCCUUCCAAUGAAACCGAAGCUAAGAGUUUCAAUUCCAAACAUGAGGUUUCUAAGAGCCAGAACACUGCUAUGGUUUCAGUUUCUAGGCCAUCAACAUCACCACUUGGUGUGAAUGUGAGAAGCCAAUCAGGAUUCAGCUUCAUGGGGUCAUCAGAGCUAGAUGGGAUCACACAAGGAAGUCCCAAGAAACCAAGGAACCAUGAGAUGAUGCAUUCCCCAAAUAGUGUCCCUUCAAUGAGCAUGGAUGUGAAGCCCAAUGAUGAAAACAAUGAGCAGCUCUCAAUGAAAUUUGGGGUUGAAAGGCAAGGCAGAAAUGAGUCCUCUUUCAUGGGAAAUCAAACAAACUUUAAUGGUGGGUUUGGACAGUAUCCAAUUGGGGAUAUUGGAAGGUUUGACACAGAGCAGUUUACACCAAGGCUUUCAGGUAAUGGUGUUUCCCUCACUCUUGGUCUUGACUCAUUACCAGGAACUCAUCAAACAUUUCUCCCAAACCAAAACAUUCAACUGGGAAGAAGCUUGGACAUUGGUGAACCAAACGAGUUUGGUGCCAUAAGCACUUCCUCUCCUCACUCAACAGCUGCUUAUGAGAGUAUCAGCAUGCAAAACCCAAAGAGGUUUGCUGCACAAUUGUUGCCAGACUUUGUGACCUAAAUAAGACAUUGAAAGGUGAGCAAUGUGGUAGCACACUGCUACUACUCGCUGUUUCCAAGUCCCUCACAAUUUCUUCUUAGACCUCUGCUAUUAUGUCGGGGAGUGGCGAACAAUUGUAGUGUAAAGAAAGAAGGAAUUUUACUUUAGUAUAGGUUUAUACCCUGCAUAGAACCAUUUGAGUUCUUAGAUAGCUUAGGAUUUGAAAGUAUAUGGUUGAGGUUGUAUAUUAUUUUUGUAAGUUCUGAAGCUGGGAUAGAUGGAUUGUUGUCAUAAAUUUUAUUUUGGUAAAAGAUACCAAUAUAUCUUUGAUUGAAAAUAUAUGUUGUGGUGUUUUACA